AUGAUCACCUGCCUCUCAUCCUCCCCAUUACAUCACUUGCACAGGAAAUGUCCAGUGACCUAUAAAGGUCUGGUGAAGGAGUCUUGAGUUACUUGCACUCUCGUCACCUGAGGAAAGGUACAACGAUGAAAUUCUAUAUGGCAGCCAUUCUUGCCAUUGUUUUCCUUGAGCUCUUCAGUGUAUGCAUUAUAAGAGGAACGCUUGGAUCUCAGACUAUGGCACUCGACUCCUGUGUAGACUUGCAGACAGAUGAAAUAAACAUCCGAAGAAUUGCUGCUUAUACAACCCAAACCAGACCAGUAAAAGCUGUGAUCUUAAUCACCAGAAGAGGUGUAAAGGUCUGCGUGCCACAUGAUCUUCCAUGGGUGACAAAAACCAUGAACUACUUGGACCGAAAAAAGGCAAUACAACAAAGAAGAACAACAUCUAGGUCUUAGGAGCAUGACCAGCUAAGCUGCAGCACGUCAAAUCAUCAAGAGCUGCUCAUAGCUUUGGCUAAUUCUUGACUGGAAAUAAAGUUACUGAACUGAUGUAGAUUCACUGGAAUCUAUUUAUCCGUCAAAGCAGUGCUGAUUCAAUUACAGCAUUUUAGUGCUGCCUUUAGUCUUAAUUACUUUAGGUUAGCCUUUUUUAUUUAUUGGAAGAAGGCAGCUCUUCAGUAUUUUCAAUUGCAGCUGUUUUCAGUGUUUGAGGAGUACUUAUUCAGAGUUUCCCUUUUCAUUAUAUUGUUUCUCUGGUUUAUAGUGCCCUUCGAAGACGAUAUUAAUCUAGUGUGCUCUAUGAUUGCAUACAACUUAUUGUUUCCCUGUUAGGAUGGCUGAGGGCUUCCUGUGCUUAAGAUAGCACUGAUUAUACAAACAUAAACCUCAGGGGACGCUGGGGUGGGAGAUUGGAGGGAGAGGAGCCCUAGAAGCCAAUCUGGCACUUAUAAAAGAUGAGGCCCCCAUGGAUAUAGACAGAUUUCACGGUAAAGUUCAUCGCUCUUCCACAGUGCCAGUUAGCAAAAGUGUUUUGGCACUACCUAGGUCCUAAGAUACAUAUGGCUGUAAGGAGGUUGUUCCUAUUGUGCAAAUAUAUGAGGAAAUAGCUAAUAGAAGGAAAGCAGUAUCCAAAAAGAAAUCAGGGACAGGACUGUUUAUUAACAUGAACGCGGACUUACGUAUUGGAAUAAAUAGAACAAGCUGCCUGUAAUUCAAAUUUGUGCUUUCUUCAUCUCCUUCAUGUUUAGUACAUGACCACUGGAAACUUUCAUGGAAUGUAUAAAACUGUCGCUUGCUGAUAUUCCUCAAAAUUGUAUACCUUUUCAUUUCCUUGAUUUUUUGAGGAACUUUUAAAAAUUAAUCCACUUACUUCCUGUCAUUGGAUCCAUUUGCUGAUCAAACUAGAUGUUACGGGAACUGAAUACAGGUGACAGUGAGAAUAUUUGAAAAAAGAUAGCUAUUACUGGUCAAGAGUACAAAAAAGAAAUGCCAUGCAAUGUUUUGAAGAACAUCUAAAAUGUCUUAGCUGAAUGAAGAGAUAUACUUAUAUUAAUUCAAAGACAUUCAUGUGAACUUAGUUGUUCAUUCAAUUGGUUUUACAACACUUGGGAUCAAAUUACUUUCACCAUGCUUUUACUAUGCACUUAAUAAAUCAGUCCUUUGAAUGAUAUUUUAUAUCCUUUGGUUA